AUGGCGACCAUAGGACGCAGCGAUGAGCAGAUGCAAGCCAAUACGAGCAUCUCAGCUCAUCAAUAUCUAUCAUCAUCUGUCAGCUCAUCGUCGUCUAGACGGAGACAACCGCCUUCGCGCUACCUCGUCACUGUCAUCCCACCAGAGGCACUGCCACAUGAUCCGCCCCAUCCCCGAACGAGUCCUCUGCGAGGGACCCUAGUGCCGCUCUAUCCUACUCUUUCCGGACAGGUGGCAGCUAUCGCGCGAGAGUACGGCCUACCUUCAACAGGGGGUAUCGUCGUAUAUCUGCUCGAGACAAUCUCAUCAGCCAACGGGCCGCUAGCCAGCCUGAUCGGAGAAGGCGGUCCAAGGAUAGGCGAGGAUGCAUGGGAGCUGCUCUGGGCCCAACUCUUUCUCGAGGAUAUGCUUGAACUCGAGCGCGAAGAAGCACUGCUCUUUGCCGUCGACGAUCAUCCGCUAGCAUCGUCGGGCAGGGUACCCCCGGUGCCACAAAUACCAGUCCAUCUUGCUGGCGACAUCUCAGUGGAAGACACUCAGGACGAUUCGACUGAAUCUGCAGAGCUUGAGCCGCCGCCUAAUAUUGGCCGGACCACCACGCCCAGCGGCUCUCCUAUCAGACCUGGGAAGGCAUUACGUGCUGUAGAAGACAAACGGCCUAUCUGGACGCUGCCAAACGGAAGCUACCCACAUGACGUGACGGAUGCUCGAGCCAGCGCUAUCGCAAGUCCUUCCGCCAGCAUUAGCUUGCAAUCGAGGCCAGGCUCCGUAGCAUCGCGUGGGAGACCAAGAACAGCCCCUUCUGCCGGUUCUGCGAACACCUCGCAUCAAAGCUCACAGCCGUCACCUCGUAUACUACGCGAAUCUCGUAUGGCACGACAGUCAUUUGCAGGUCAAUCGAUGAGCUUUGAUCGACGAUCCUAUGCAAGCAACGCAAAGGGCAGCUCGUUCGCACAGCCUGUCAUCGUUGGCAAAAUUGAGUUUGAAAUCGAUGAGCGGCGAGGGGGCGGUAAAUGGUUCGAAGCUUGGUCGAAAGCAGCAUCUCCGUCAUCCACAACCUCACCUGCGCCCAUAAGCUCCAUCUUCGCACCAAGACAUUCAUCGCUGCAGGCCACGACGCCACUGUCUUUUGGUCAGGUGCAGACGAACCCGGCAGUUCCAAUGCCAGCAGAGCUUGAGCAGGUGACGAUGCGCGCCAGUGGUCUGACCGCGGCCCAGAGAGAAGCUGAAGGCGGGUACCAACAGCUCGAUGAUAGCAGCGAAGCUGAUAGCAGCCAAGAACGUGACGAUGCUGCAUCAGCAGAGACGACCGAAAUGGGCACACGCGCGACAAGCCUGCAACCAUCGGUAGCCUCGCCUCUUGCAAUCCAGCGAGAUUGGAUCGCACCAAUAGCUCGCCUAGACGAUACCGAAGACCUCGCGCCCUUAUUGAAGAGAGGUCUGGGUAUCUACAGCGAUCAAAUACCGCAGACUUUUGUACCCGCCGCCGCUAGUAUGCCGCAGAUGUCGCCUGCGCUCAGCGACGAGGUGCGAGCUCCAGAUGAUAUACAAGACGUGCAGCGACUGCUGUCUGAGCAAAGGCAAGGACCCAGACUCUCGUCGCCGAUUCUGCUUGCAUCAGCAUGCCCCGACGAGCAGCACGAAGCGGACACGCAAAUCUCGCCUGAGACGGACGGACAAGGGUCAGCCGGGGGUCGUGUAUCUUUACGCGUGCCGGGCGUAGAAGGCGCAGAUGCUGCAGAGCUUCCUAAAACCAGCAGAAGCUCAAGCAUCGAUAUGGAAGCCAGCUUUGACAAUCUUGAGCGCAUCCUAGGCACGAUGUCACCGAGCGCAGCUCGUCAGCGGGCGACCUCUGAACAUGCUACUGGUGCUAUCAUCGGGGCAUCUGAUGGAUACAAGAUAGCAGCGGAGCCCCUGCGCGCCAAUGCGCCCUCGCCAGCGCGAUCGUCAGCUAGCCCUGCACUUAUCGAGCGCGCACUACAACAUGUCCCAGAAAUCAGACAGUCAGAAUGGCACGAGCGACGGGCGAGCGAUCUUAUGUCACCGUCAGGCACAGUCAUACCAAAUGACGACGGACUCUCGCCGCAGAAUAUAUUGGUGAGAGGGGGAACUGACCUUCGACAUGCUUCGAUGGUCUCUACGGAUAGUGCGCAGACGACACUUGGCUACAUGCGCUCGUUCAGUCCGCCCGCUGUUGAAGUGCCCCCUCUGCCGUCGCAAUCUUCCAUUGAGUCUUCUGCUGGCAAGCCGAUGUCCAAUCGCAAUGCCUCCUUGUUCGCUUUCAAAGCCGUGAAUCCCGCAGCAAGUACAGCAGGGGGAGAUGUAGACGGCAGAGAUGCCAACGAGCCCAGCUGGUCAGCGUUAUCGAGCGAGCCGGUCACAGCUGGCGCUGCUGAUUCAGCCGCCUCCGCUGUCGCUCGUCCACCGCGCUCCAGCUCGAGCGUUGCCAAUGCGAGCCUCAGCCAAAGCACGAUCGAGGCGCCAGGGACCGCAGCGGAAGCGCCGCCUUUACCCGACCUGGACCCUGCUAUGCUGAUCGAGCGAAAGGUCGUCGCUGCACCCAUCACUGCAGAGGAGCAACCCACGGAUGCGAUAUCACCAAUCACGACUGCCCAAGACGCUCAUGAGCCUAUGCAAGAUCUCGAUAAUUCUGCCGAGAUGCCCAGCGAGAUGACCAAAUCACCUAGCGCAGCCUCAGGCUUCUUUCAAAAGCCGGCUUUCAAGUUCUGGAACAAGCAAGAACUGGCGAGCGAAGGCGAAAGCUCUCGAACGUCGUUCAAGAUAGGUAAAUCGUUCAAAAAGCCACGCUCCAGCAAGUCGCCAUCACGCAAACAGCCAAGUGCAUCUAGAUCACCAGGCUUGGACAAUCAUUCGACUGGCGAUGCCUCAUUGCCGCCACUUAGCCCGAGUCUAAGCGCCAGUGCUUCGCCUGUGCUUGGAUUCGGAUCUGGAUCUGGGCCGAUGCAGGCUACACUCAGCGACAGUACGUCUCAGAAGGACGGACAGUCCUCAGACGUGUCCAGUCCCCAUCUGCCUCUGACAAUCGCAGCUUUAGCCGCACAGGCUGCUGCUGUCGAGGCUCAAGGUGCUCCGCCGCCACGUAAACAGUCGUCUCAGGCCAAUAGCCACUUUAUAUCACGCUUUCCCGAUUCGCCCACUUCUAACAGCGCCCGUCAAAUGCCAAGCGCAGCCAUAUCAAUGCCGUCAACGCCGCCCUCUGUACGAGGCUCAUCAGUCGCACCAGGUUCGGCCCGUAGUGCAGCCAGCGCCAGACCGCCAUUCUCUGACAAUACUGGGCGUGAUUUGUCCGCUCUCAUUGCGGAAGAAUCGUCCUUUGGACAUGACGCGACUUCGGCUAUCGUACCACCAGUACGCUCAAAUGCGUCUUUACCCUCGUCGCCUCGAUUGGCCUCUCUGCAAUCGCCAGGCUCGACCACCAACAAGACAGCACAUUCAGUGAAAUCGUCUGUCCAGCCGCUCGCAGAUCGCAGCAAUCGCUCGAUGGACGAAAUGGUCAAGCGUCAAAGCCUUGACGACACGUCCUCUUCUCGAUACGAUUCUGACGAUUUGUUGAGCAGCUACGGCCCAUGA